UACUCAGAUGCGCAAGUAAUAUUGAGGAUGAUCAAAGAGUCUUCGAAAAUUAAAUUGGGAUGUGCUUCGCGUACUUCUGCUGUAAAUGUUGCUCGACAACUUCUACAAGCUCUUAAUUGGUCGGAUUUAUUUGAUUACACAGAAAUCUACCCUGGGUCUAAAACUGCUCACUUUAAGAGAUUUCAUGAAUUAUCUGGUAUAGACUAUGCGGACAUGUUAUUUUUCGAUGAUGAAACUCGUAAUAUUCAUGAAAUUUCCAAAUUAGGUGUACAAUGUCAUUUAGUUCAACAUGGAAUAACAUUAAAUCUCUUAGAGGAUGCAUUAAGAAAAUUUCAACAACAAAGAAGAAUUCAUGAAUAUUUAAAUUAACUAAG